CACAUUACUUCAGUGUUUUUGUUUAUCUGAGUUUUAUGACUUGUUUUUUUGGGGCUCAAACCUUAUAAUUAAAAUAGGUUGUUCAUUUUUUUUCGCGUGACUGGGCUUUAUGGUGCCGCAGCCUUGUGUGCCCAACUCCCAAACUGUCAAUCACCAGAAAGGGCGUGGAUUAAAUGCCCUGGAGCGUCACGGAAGUUGCUGCUGUAUGGGUCCUAAAGUAGUCAUGAUGGUGUUUCUUUUGGAAGGAAUCCCGCUGUCAAGUUGCGGCGCUCAGAGGAAGGCUGUGUAGAAGCGGACGCGCGAGGAUUUUAAUGCGUUUUGGGCGCAAAGGCGCACUCCAAAAAUGGCUUCUGUUUUCCAGUGGGGACCACAUGUCUUUCUUCUGCUGUCACUGCUGCCUCACUAUCUGUUGAUGUCGGCAGGCGAGCUGAACAUCAUUGACCACGACACUCCUAAACUCACCUGUAGCGAGGGUUUAAGUGACUGCAGUGUGAGACCAGGUACUAUUACUCGGUCUGAUUUUGUCUCUGUGGAUAUUACUCACAUGGAGCUCAACGUCGCUCUCUGCAGCUCAGCCACACAACACUAUAAACCAUGUCUUCAAAUCGGCAUCACUCUCAACGCCACAGAUUUUAUGAAAAUUGGGUCUGAGGAGUCAGGUGACGACAGUGAUGAAGAGGGUAUACAAUCAAAUAGAGCUAUUGUGAAAGUGUGCCUCUCUUCUCCGGGUAUCAUAGGCGUUUGCAAGGCAGUCCAGUUUAAACUAAGAAACCCUAAUUUAAGCCAGCCAUCCAGACAGUCCUCACAUAAGCUGCUGUUGACAGAGACGGUGGACUUCGGCAGUAUUUUUGUGGUUGUCGCAGAUUCAAAGGAAACACAAAUUGUGCAAAAUAUCACAACUCCAGAUCUAGAAGAAGUUUGUGCCUCAGAACUGAGGAGGAAUGUAACAGAAUGUGCUGUUCCCAGACUCCAAGCAGUGACUCAGUAUGAGAGAAAUGUGGUCUGGCUGCAACUGGAAAAUGCUGACUCCAAACAGAAAGAACUUUCUUUGCAGAUGGUUUGGAAUGACAUAAGUGGAAAGGUUCUUUCAUGGCCCAAAAACAAGAGUGAGAUGGCGGUUUCACUAGACUUUGUUGCGCCAUGCCUGUGCUUCCAGGUAUGGUGGAAAGGGGAAGAUAUAAGAGGAAAAUACUGUCCUUUUACACAUCAGCAAGAUGCCCUCGAAAGACUGUGGCACAACGUGUCGGUGACUGUGGUGGAGACUCAGAUGAGAGAUGGUGGUACAGGGCUGAGAUGGAAUGUCACUUCGCUUUGUAGACUGGAAGCAGAGGUGGUGUUGUGCAAGAAAAACGUGGCAGGUGGCCAGUGUGAAGAAGUGAUGGGCUCCAGACAGGAACUACAAGCUGGCUGGAUUGCAACACACAACAGGCACUGGCUAACAGGAGAAUUCAAUGUGUCGCGCCAUCCUCUGAUUUGUGUACAGAUGAAGAUAAAAGGGAUGGAGUUUUCCUCAGAGCCCCAGUGUCCAUUUGAAAGCGUCAUCAUUCCAGCAUCUCGAGUAAGAUGGAUCUUGCUGCUUCUCCUCGGAUUGCUGCUGAUCUGUUUGGUCGCACUUGGAUCCUAUUUCAUUCAAGGUGUCCUUAAAGGCUACGUUUGGAGAUGGCUGAAAGAAGACGAUGUUAAAGGUGCUGUGGGUGGUGGUCAUGUGGUGCUGUUGUACCCAUCUGAUGAUGAUGACAAGGGUCUUCCAGGGCUGCUGUGUCACCUGGGUUCAUCGCUUCAGGCCCUGGGCUUCACUGUGUCCCUGGAUCUGUGGAGCCAGGCAGAACUGGGCAUACUGGGGCCUGUGCCAUGGCUCCACUCUCGACUGGACCGACUUCAAAGGCAGGGGGGCAAAGUAGUACUUGUCCUAACUCAGGCCACCUGGACAAGGGCAGAAGAAUGGGGAACCCGGAGCUGCGAGAGAAACACUCCCAGAGAGAAGCGCCUAAGUGUGGAGGAGGAGACAGGAGGAAGCUCCCCUGCCUCAUCUCAGCGUGUGGAUGUUUUUGGUGCAUCCCUGAGCUGUAUUCUAGCAGACUAUUUACAGGGCCGCGCUGGUGAGCGGUUCAUGCUGGUGCAGUUUGAAUCACUCCCACCGGAGCCUCCAGGUGGUUUCAGGCCACUGCCGCAGCUUUUUCGCGGCCUUCAUGUUUACAGCCUUCCUUCCCAGAGUUUGGGUUUUCUUACUGAACUUGCUGGAACUCCUCACAUGGCUUCUGCGUCCGCCAGAAGGAAAAGAGCAGGUGGGCUCAGGAUGGCAUCUCGAGCUCUGGCCCAAAGGCUGUCAGGGUUUACAGCAGGGACAAAUGUAUUACGACUUGCUGGGGUGUCUCAGGUUUGUGUUGGUGUCGGAGAGAAAGACUCUGGGGAAACUGUGCCUUUAAAACCAUGUCUCAUUACUCCCACAUCCAGCCCUGACACCUGCCCUAAAAUCAAUGAAAUGGAAUGGGUCUAACAGCUGGAGAAAAUGUUCAAACUUAUUUUUUGUAUAAGCAGCAAGUAAUGACAUAAAAAUACCUCAAGUGAUGCACUGGGAAAUGAGCAGACGAUUAUGAGUCAGUUCAGCUGCCUUGUCAAUUGCUGGUCAAAUCAUCUGUCUUGAGCUGAUGAAAUAGGGAAAUUUCUGUUUCUAGCACCAAAACCAGCAGUUUAUUUUUCCAAUCAAUCGAUCCAAUUUCAAAGAAAUUAAAGAAGUCAGCAUUUCAAUAUGAUAAGUACAGGAACAAAGACUACAGGUCCUGGUAUGCUGCUUUAUGCAGUGGGUAUAUCCCUAAAGCAGUAUGACUUGAUAGGCUCCAAAAAAUGCAAGUGUCUUAAUAAAGUUGCUUCUUAAACGCGACGCUUAACUUGUGGCUGUCUUAGACUAAGCCACCGCGUAAACACCGGUACAUACAAAUAUGUCGCACAGUUACAGCUCUGAAAUGUGUGAAGAAAAAACAUAUCCUGUUGAUAACUGUAUAGUAAAUGUAAAUGUAUAUAUUGUACUGCGUUGUUCAAACACUAGAAGUUGGUUUUAUACUGUUUUGUUUUAAAUGGUUUCAAAUAAAGCAUUAAUAAGCUU